AUGGACGCGCACAAAAACCGGCUGCUGGACCUGUCGGCAAGCUGGCUACAAGGUUAUGGCCCAAGGAUUGUGUGGAGAGAUACCGCAACGCCCGAAUCUGGUGGACGAGGCAAGAAGCGUAAGAAGACCCUCAAAGCCUCUCCGGCCGCGAAAGAACGGGCCUAUUCCGCCACGCCAUCUCAGUGCAGCACAGCAUCGAUCACUGGUUCUUCGACCUCCGAGGGUUGCCUUGAGGUAAUUCCGAGACGAGUGUCCAAUAUCCCACAAGACAUGCAACUUGAAGACUAUAAGUACUUGUAUCAUUGGACCACAAUCUUGUCUCCAUUGCUAUCUGUCACAUCCCAUGUUGAAUACAAUCCGUUUCAACAGUACCUGACUCCUAUGGCAUUCAUGGCUGGUCCGCUGCGCUAUACUAUUCUUUUCUGCGCCGCGAAACACCUCUCUGCUCUUGCCGGGCAGCUAGGGCAAGAGAAGCACAUCCUAUACUAUCAGAGCCUUGCCCUUCGCCAUUUAAAUCAAGCACUCAGCAGUCAGAACGAAGCAGUCUCGGAUUGCACUCUCGCAUCGGUAUUGAUGAUGCAGUUGAGCCAGCUGUUUGCCUCAGACCAGGAGCCGCGAGCAGAUCACCUGGCGGGCGCAACAUGCAUAAUCAGGAAGAGGCGCGAGGUGCCAGCUCGAUCGAACUCGUGCGGACGCUUUCUUGAAAGCCUCUUCAGAUAUCACGAUGUCAUGUCCUCCAUCACUCGAGGCGACCGCCCGCUCCUUGACCACAAUGAUGCACCAGCUGCAGACUCGGAUGCAUUUCUAGGGAAUAUCGGCACCCUGCUAGAAAUCAUAUCACAGAUAAGCACGCUUCAACCACGGAAACACCUCACGAGCCAAACUCCGGCCAAUGGUGUUGAGGAAACAUCGGUUGACUCGGCCAUCCUUGCCACUGGCUCGUCGCUAGAAGCUGAACUGAGGCAUUGGACUGCACCCUCGGGCGAUCCGGACUGGCUCAAUACAGCCGAGGCUUUUCGUCAUGCUGCCUUCAUCUACCUUUACCGUGUUAUCUACAACAUUGGCGCUCCUCAUCCCCUCACGUUACAGCACGUCAGAUGCUGCAUUGAAGCCUUGAGAGGCGUAUCAACAACGUCGCCAUUAAUGUCAGUCCACGCCUGGCCGAUCUUUACGGCCGGCUGCGAGUCGGUAAGCCCCUCCGAUAGGGAUUUCUGUGCUCGGCGACUGCAAGACAUGUUCCAUAUACGAAAAUUGUUUUCGCUGCUACGAGUAAAACGAGCAAUGGCAGAAGUCUGGUCUCGAAAAGAUCAAGAAGCUCUCCAUGGUGCAGAUAAGGUCUGCAAAAUCGACUGCAUUGACGUCUUGAAGCAAAGAGGUAGAGAGUUAGAGCUUGGCUAG